UGACAUGACAUAACAAAAUGUCGGAAACACUAUAAUAGAUUAGGUUAUAUUUUAUUCCAUGAAGUUUUCUAAGCGGAUUGAAAGUAGCGUUAUUUAAGAGUACAACAUGCAUGGACCUAUCAGCUUCUGGUGGUUGUCGCACACCGUCCGCUUUCUUUUACUACUGGUGCUGCUUCUGUCGACCGUUGUGUACUACAUAAGUAGUAUACUUGACGCAUCUUCAUUGAGUACCAAGACAUCUGUGUGGUCUCAAAAAUGGUCAUCAACGACAACUAAAGCUAACACUAUGACUGUAAAAGCAACGCAUUCCAUAAAUACAUUUAAAACAAUUUCUAAUGAAAUAGUUAAUAAUGACCGUAUAUUGGUAAAUGCAAGUAAAAAUAUGGAAAAUGUUACUUCUAGCACAGUUACUGGUAGGACAGUAAAAAAACGCGACUUUAGAACUAUUAAACCUCUCUGUCCCGAGGUGCCUCCGGGUCUAGGGCCAAUUACAGCGAGUAAAAAUGAACUAUAUCUAGAUUAUAUAGAGAAGAAAUUCCCUGAAGUAAAAUCUGGUGGACAGUAUGCGCCUCCGAAUUGCACCGCAAGGCAUAAAAUUGCAAUUAUAGUCCCUUUUCGAGAUCGUGAUCAGCAUUUGCCCAUCUUCUUGAAUCACAUGCACCCUUUUCUGAUGAAGCAACAGUUGGAAUAUGGGAUUUUCGUUAUCGAGCAAUAUCGAUACAGAUCAUUCAAUCGAGGGAAGUUGAUGAACGUGGGUUUCGUGGAGAGUCAGAAUCGAAAGCCAGGCGGGUGGCAAUGCUUUGUAUUCCACGAUAUAGACUUGCUGCCGUUAGAUGAGAGGAAUUUGUACUACUGUCCAGAAUAUCCUCUGCAUAUGUCCGUACUGAUAGAUAAACAUGAUUUUAAGGUAAGUGAUAUGUUUGGCGGAGUAAUGGUGAUGACACUUGAGCAAUUUUCAAUUGUGAACGGCUUCUCCAACAAAUUUUGGGGAUGGGGCGGAGAAGAUGAUGAUAUGCAUAGAAGAGUGCAAAAGAUGUACUACGGCUUUGCAAGAUAUGUCAACUUGCCAAUUACAAAAUACAUUAUGCUUGACCACGAGGAAGCUUUCAAAAACCCGUUCAGAUUUGAAAUAUUAGCCCAAACUAAAGAUUCAAUGGAGGAAGAUGGACUGUCGACGUUGAAUUAUAAAAUCGUGAAAGUUGUCAAGCACCACUUAUACACGCAAAUUAUUGCCGAUAUCGAUAAACGCAACUGAUGGAAACACAAAGCAGAACCAACGCUUCGCUUAUCUGCGAGGCUUGUAACUAAACGUGCAAAGGUCAUCACUCAUUCUAUCACACGGAGGUGUUUCGGUGUUCGUGUGACGUAUACUCGCCGCUCAUGGAAGCUGCGCGUGUCGAUUAUUCAAUCGUCGCGGCGUUCAACUUUUGUCUACGCGUUAACAUUGAGUAGGUGUAAUGAGCGAUGACCUUAAUUUUACUGCAGUGUAUUGUAGUCUACCAUAUGCGUUUUCUCUGCUUUAGUGUAGGAGUUCAAGUAAAAAUAAGGCAAUUUUAAACUUUAAAAUAUUUCUCACCGUAAUAAUAUUUUUUUAUUCAUCAUUACCAGCUCA